AUAAAAUGGAGAAGCUUAAAAAAUCGAAAGUGGGUCCAAACGGCUCAAAUCCUAAAAUUCUAAAGAAUCCUACAUCCCCUGGAUCACCUUCAAAACUUCCUCCUGCCAAUCUUAGAUCUCCAGGACACCAAAGAACCACAAGUUUACCCACAAACCUCAAACCACACAAAUCUCAUAAGCACAUCGAAGACUUCAAUUAACAACCUAUUCAUAUACGAUCUGCCAGGUACUAAAUGAUUUGUAAAGCCAAACAAGAAGACGAAUGUGCCUAUUAACCAAAUGUUCACCGGCCAGAGGAAUCCUACCGAUGCCAAGACGAGUCUUAGAAAUCUCUUUUACAUCAAGGAUAUCAAGAAGGAGCAUGAAUACAUUGAUAUUGCCUCUAGCAAGGAGGUACUAUACUCUUGGCAGACCAAAGGUCUUAAGAAUUACGGCAGCGAUCAAAACUUUACCCUCAAACAAUACAGAGCCCUAGUAAAGCAAGAGAAGGAAGAUUUUUAUAAUUACCUGUUUAAGACAAAGAAACAGUCUCAAAUUUUCGCAAAUGACGAGACGAAGGCUGAGGAAUAUUUCAAUAAAUAAACAAGAUAGGUUGGUCCGGAAUCAAUCUCAAAAUACUCCAAAGAAGCUUGUGACUUCCAGAGAGACUGAUGUGGCCAAGAACCUUCAGGCUUUGGAGACUGCUCGGCUGGAAAAGAACAAGAUGCUUGAACAAAAGUUCAAACACAAAGAACAGCACAUUAAGACUAAAAGGAAUAAAUAGAAAGUUCCAGACGGUUAUUCAUAAGGAAAGUUUAAACAAGCGGAUUCUCAGAGCUAAAAUUUUAAAAAUCUUACAAGCAAAUUUCGGAAUUGACCUGUUCGAUAAGACUCAGAAAUUCAACAAGAACAUUCAGCCUGGGACAGCAAAGUUCAACCUGAAAUAAGCUGAAGAAUAAUGAGCUAGGGGGGAAGUCUAAGACCUGUCAUUCCAAAUGUAAGAGAUCUCAAGAAGAGGAGGAACAAAACUUCAACCAAGAUAUUCUUGAUCAAAUCAAGCAAUAUCUAGUCGAAAACCUGACUGAUGAAGAGAUUCACACAGAUAUUGACUUACUCAGGAAGAUCUUCAGUGACGAACAGAACAUUUACGCGACUUUUGACCUUGACGAAGAAGACACUGGCAUCAAGGAUAGAUACUACAAAAAGAUCAACACCUUGAAGCAAGAGGAGAUUAAGAAGAAAAAGAAGCAGGUCAAGAACAAGUUCAAGCACUUGAAGGUUGAUAACUCGAGAAGGCUGUACGAUAAAGUUCCUCGAAGGAACAUUCCUAACACCCAGAGCUACAUUCAGCUCGUGUCAGCUAGGAAUCAGCUGACUUCUCUGAAGUCAGCUGAUUACAAGUGGGGUGAGGAGAACAUACGAGAGGAUUUGAGGGAUAUUCAGCUAGAAAAAUUAACCCUCAAGCAGAAAUAACGCAGAGAAUUUCCAAGCUGAAAAAGACAGGAAAAGAAAGGAAAACGCUACUGUUCUACGACAGAAACGAAAUGAGUAUAAGAAGAGAGUCCAGAGUGUCCAGAAGCAAGCUAAGCAAGAAGCCCAACUUGAAAAGUAUUGGAAGAAGCUAUAUUCAAAUUAUCAAUCUUAAGAUACUUAGCUGGG